GUCCCAUCAAAAGCAACCUACCAUACGUAAGUGCGCGCAGACGAGGUAAUCAAUCAUCAGUGUCGAAUGCGGAAAUUCAUAAACAACUUGACGUAGCAUAGCAAUAAAGAGGACAAACAUGGCGAAUGCAUUGUUGCAGGUUAUCCUUGAGCGCCUGUCUUAUAGUUGGUGUGCAAUCGCAGCCCGACCCAAAUGUCUGCACCCCCCACGGUCCGAAAGGAGAGGGACCGCCCCUUCCCCUUCUUCCAGAACAGUUUAUGUUGAAGGUAGAGGCAAACAUUCUUGGGUGGAAUCAUACAAUCGAAGUGGUGGAGUACUACGACUCUAUCAAUAAUCGUGGCGCCGUCCACAAUAUCUAUGCUGGACAUAUUUCACAGACAGUGGUCAACUAUGAGACCAAGGAAAUCAUCAGGGUCAGACCAGGCGCUGGCUGCCAUGUACAAAACCUGACGGCCAAUGGUUUCAACAUCUUCGGCUUCCAGCUACAGAACGGCACAGCCCACAUCGGCAGCGUUGCCGACAUCCUCAAGUUUGGCGCCUCCUACAACGAGACUUACAUCGGCACCACGUACAUCCGGGGAAUCCCCGCAGACCACUGGCAGAGCUGUCUGUACAACGAGCAAACCAACGGCACGAUGUUGCUGGACUAUUACUUCACCGUUCCUGAACACAUUAACGCUGAAGGGGAUUCCCAGAUACCACUCAGAUUGGCGCUGAAUGGAACAGCUUCCAACCGAAAGUUCAUCCACGGACAUGUGGUGCCUGUGAAUGGCACUCACUCCUACAGUCACGUGUAUGAGUUCUUUGACGUACAGUUUCAUCCGGAAUUUCCUGAUCGCUCAUUUGAGCCUCAACUGGGAGUGGUGUGCCCAGGCCGUAAAAGUCUCAAGCCACUACCGAAGAUACCCGAUCAGUUCUCCAUGAGCGUUGAAGUUGUGCUCCCAGGAAUGAAACAAGUCUUCUAUAUGUCGGAGGUUUAUAACUACAAGAGCAAGACGGUUGUUGCCUAUUACAGUUUCACAAUGAAUGGUUCCAUCGUACCGACGUCGUACCGUUCCAUGGAUGACUUCAAUACUGGGCUGACGUACCGAAUCAACCAGAACACUGGUUUUUGCAACGUCACCCCCAUAUCCCUGUUUUCCUCGGACGCAGAAUCGCCCGACCACGUUCACGUUCAGAUGAAGAGUAUUGCCAGUUUCAUUCACUAUGACACCCGAGACUGGCAGUACCAAGGAAUAACCGAGCUACGUGGAAUGCAGGCAGAAUCCUGGAUUGUGGCCACGAACGAGUGGAAACCAAAUUGGCUAACACAUAACGCAUCAUCUCAAGUCAACAGUACCUGGGAAUUGUUCUACACAACUGAUGCAUGGAACACCCAAGGAGGAUUGAAUAAGUCCACCAAUAUGCCCAUCAUGUCUAAGGUUCAUUGGACCAUGAAGACGGACAAAGGCAAGUUGGUUAACGGGAGCUUUGAUAUGAACCAUUUCCACUUUGACACGGCCAAUGUGGAUCCUUCCCAUUUUGACCUCUCCCCGUGCUUCGAUAGCGGGAACAGCAAGGAAUUUGCCUUUGACAUCUUGGAGAUGGGUAUUUACAACAUGGUCAUUGCAAACAAUACCAUUGGAUUCUACUAUGGAGUGGCGCACAGUCUGGCUACGGCCGCAGGAAUCUCACCGACAAGAAUUGCAAAUGUGUUUGCAGCGGAGGACAUCGAUAAGGUGACUACGGUUUUCUUCGACCUGCUUGGAGUUCCCGCGGUCAAAGGAGACGCGGUGGAUAUGAUCAAACAGCCGUCGCUGACAGAUGCUGCAGUGGCCCUAGAGCUGCUGAUCAAUAGCGUCAAUGCGGAGGAGCCGUUCCAUGUCAAGUUUAACUACAAUGGCACGGAGAAGUCUUUGACUGCGAAGCCCGACACCUUGCGAAACUCCUUCAAGCAAAGUCAGCCUGAAGACAGUGGCUCUCAACAGUUCAGCACUGGAGCUUUUGUCGGUUUUGGAAUCGCCAUGCUGAUAAUCGGAGCUGUGCUGGGUGUUGGCAUCUUGGUGUUCCUUCACAAGCGGAACAAACUGAACAUUCCUUACAAUGUGCAGUCUUAGGCGGCCCAUCUUGUUUGGAUAAGUUUGGAAAUGCAGGAGAAAAUAAAAUCUUCUGUAAGUAAUCAAAUAAUAUCUCUGGACAUUUUUUCCCUGGCAUAAAACUGUCUUAUCCUUUAGUGUAAACUAAAAUCAUUUUAACAAGUGUCUUUCAGCUAUUAAAAGAUCUGAUAUUUAAUAUUUUUUAUGCUUUGGUUGGAUUAAGUGUAUAUAUGUUACUUUUCUGAAAGCGUAUAUGGAGCAAUAACUGUUACUACAUGUACACAAUUUGGGACUAGAACAUACAAUGUAUGGUAAAAUUCUAACUUACAUUCCAUAAUCUAGGUUUUUUUUUAAUGAUUUUGAUUCAACAACUAUUCAAUUUGUAUUGAAUAUGCCUUUGAGAGGAUUUAAUGUAUUUCCUUCAUAUACAGUAGUGACUUUUAUUUGAUAGAAAUAGAGAUGAAUUGAAAAGGAGCCGUUGGGCAAGGGUGUAAUGUGACUGAUUUUACAGAAACAGUUUAAAUUAACAUUAUAACUUAAUUUUCAAAUAUCAAACUGAUAUUAAGAAAGUUUAUAAAGAAAUAUGCAGUCGUAAUCAAGCCAUCACACGUCAUGUGGCAAGUCAUGUGGCAAGUCAUGUGACAAGCUAUUAUAUUCGUGAACUGUGACAUUUCUUUGUCAUUUUGUCGUCCUGUUACUUGUGUCUGGACUUGUGAUGUGGCUUGCUCCGGAAUUAUGAAAAUAAUUGCAUUUCCAAUUUUUAUUUUGUAUAAAUGAUGUGUGCAGUGUUCCCUAGGUUUUCAAGAAAUUUACGGCCUUCGAAAAAUAAAGGUUUUUUUUUGGCAACCCAGUCAAUGGAGGUGAUGUAUUAUUAUUAUUUCUUUUUAUUUUUAAUAAUAUGCGUAUUAAUGGUGAAUGGAAUAUUCAUGGUAAUAAAUAUUAAAAGUACUAAUAAGCAAUACUUUUGUACAUAACAAACGGCACGUUUUGAAUGAAGUAAUGAAAUAACACCAAGUUUGUUUCACUCAA